AGCCUCCGCGCGCGCACAGAUAUUUGAUCCUCAGAAGAGCUCUCUCUCUCUCUCUCUCUCUCUCAAUGGCGCUUCUGAAUUCGACGGCCCGCUUCUACUACAGGUCUCCAAGGUCCGCAGCGACACCAAUUUCCCAAGAUCCGCCCUCUUCCUUGCCCUCCGCAACUCCAACACCAUCCCUCCCUUCGGAUCCCAUAAACCCCAGUGAGACCCGCGUCAUCCUCCCGAAGAAGAAGCCCCUGAAAUGGUCGACUGGCGUAGCGCCAGGGGAAUACGGUGGUCCACCGACGACUACGAAGCUCCGCAAGUACUGGGGAGGAGAGGCAGAAGAUCCUCUCGCCACAGACGAUUUCAUGUGGAACAAGGAAUUCAUGGGCCGCAUGAAGAGAUUGAUCCAACCAUCCGACUCUUCUCUCCAACCCCCAUCUCCUUCCAAGGAGGAUUCAGGUUUUCUAAGCCUAAACAGAGCCAUGAGCCUUGACAGUGUGGACAUCGAUCUGAGUAGAGAGCUCACGUCGCCUCCUCCAAAGCCUGUGUUACAACUGCAAGUUGAGGCUGCGAGGCGUGGACGUUUGUCGGCUGAAAGCGGUGGGAAUGCGGCACCUAGAUGGAGAUUUGUUCCUACUCGACGGGAACAAGAGAAGUGGGAUCGGGCAAAUAAGGCUGCAACUGGUGGCAGUGAAGUCACGCUGCGUGAGUCGAAAAGGGAGAGAGGGGAUCCAAAAGUAUUGGCAGCUCAAUCAAGGGAGCAGUAUUUUAAGUUGAAGCGGAAGUUGCAAAUCCUCACGUUGGGGAUAGGCGGCGUUGGUUUAUUCUCUGCUUUCGUUUCUUACUCUCCAGAAAUCGCAGCUAGCUUUGGCGCAGGGUUGCUUGGCUCACUGAUUUACAUACGUAUGCUUGGCAAUAGCAUCGAUUCGAUGGCAGAUGGAGCUAGAGGAGUUAUCAAGGGAGCAAUUGGGCAACCGAGGCUAUUGGUUCCAGUGGCAUUGGUCAUGAUUUAUAACCGGUGGAAUGGGAUCCUGGUGCCAGAUUAUGGCUUCAUGCACCUUGAUUUGAUACCGAUGCUUGUGGGGUUUUUCACCUACAAGGUGGCUACUUUUAUUCAAGCUAUCGAGGAGGCCCUGACUAUUGUCGAGAACAAGCAGCAAGUAUAGAACCUGAUUGUUGUCGAGAACAAGCAGCAAUUGUAGAAAACCAGCAAUUUUUAUACAUGACCUUUUGUCGUGCCAUUUUCUUCUCAAGGUAUGGAAACUAGAGAAGCAUUUUUUUUCCUGUAAUUGGAUGAAUUAUGGCAUUGGAUUUGAAGUUUGUUGAAAACCAUGUUCCACACUAUAUACAUCAUGUAUUUUAGAUCCUGAGGAGAAAAAAAAUCCACUUCCCUACUGCACUA